GGACUAUGGAACUUCUGCUGGCAUAUUCAUUUUAGGGUUCCGUUAUAUGGACUAUAAUAUAUUUUGGCCCAUUUAAUUUUACCACUUAAUAGUAAGUCCAUAUUUUCCAUUUUCACAGAGACAAAACCACGUUUUGUUCACUCUCCUCUUUCACCGUUUGAAGGAAAGGAAGAAAGGGAGAAAAAGAAAAAAUAAUGGGAGAGGAGAAACCAAAAUCAGCUGGAGCCUGGCCAACUGUGAAGCCCUUUGUUAAUGGUGGUGUUUCUGGUAUGCUUGCUACCUGUGUCAUUCAACCCGUUGAUAUGAUCAAGGUGAGAAUUCAAUUGGGUCAGGGUUCUGGGGCUGAGGUGAUCAAGACCAUGCUAAAAAAUGAGGGAAUUGGUGCCUUCUACAAGGGUUUGUCGGCUGGGCUUCUUAGACAAGCUACAUAUACAACUGCCCGACUUGGUUCAUUCAGGAUGUUGACUAACAAGGCAAUUGAGGCCAAUGAUGGGAAGCCCUUGCCGCUGUAUCAGAAGGCUCUGUGUGGUUUGACUGCGGGAGCCAUUGGAGCUUGUGUAGGCAGUCCUGCAGAUUUGGCACUUAUCCGCAUGCAGGCUGAUGCAACAUUGCCUGCUGCUCAGCGCAGGAAUUAUACAAAUGCAUUUCAUGCCCUCUAUCGAAUUGUUGCUGAUGAAGGAGUUUUGGCACUCUGGAAAGGUGCCGGUCCUACUGUUGUGAGGGCUAUGGCACUUAACAUGGGAAUGCUUGCUUCUUAUGAUCAAAGUGUGGAGUUUUUCGAGGGUAAUCUUGGAUUUGGCGAGACUGCUACAGUGAUAGGGGCGAGUAGUGUAUCAGGGUUUUUUGCUGCUGCUUGCAGUUUACCAUUUGAUUAUGUCAAAACCCAAAUACAGAAAAUGCAGCCAGAUGCUGCAGGGAAAUUUCCAUAUACUGGUUCUUUUGAUUGUGCCAUGAAAACACUAAAAGCAGGAGGUCCUUUUAAGUUUUACACUGGAUUUCCUGUAUAUUGUGUUAGAAUUGCGCCUCAUGUCAUGAUGACAUGGAUAUUCCUGAACCGAAUUCAAAAAUUGGAGAAGAAGGCUGGAUUAUGAUUCUAAGUGAAAUCCAAGAUCUUCAUUUGAGCUCAACUCACAAAUAAUAUUUUUGGCCAUGUUCAAGUCAAGGUUACAAUAAAUUUACAGGGAUUGAUAGGUUGUUGUUCUGAUCGGAGUAUAGAGUAGGGAUUUGGUGUUUCCAAAUUAUUUUCGAGUUCAAAUAAUCUAUGUACUCAUCAACUAUUCUCUUUGACAGAGACCUUUUGUUUUGCAUCAAUUUUGAUAAUAGUAUGCAUUUGUUCUCACUUUGGUGAGCAAAUUUGGUGGAAA